AUGUCUUCCCCUCUAUUUAAACCCUUUCCACCUUCCAUCUCUUUACCCUGUUCUCUUCCACUUCUCCGACUUGUUCCCUCUCUUCAUUUGGCUGAAAUGGCUGAGCAGGUGCCCUCAAAGCGCCAAAGAGAAGAAACCCAAACCUCAAACGAAGAACAAGUCGAUGAAACAAAACGCCACAAGUCGUACAAUCACAUACUUUCUUUGCUGGAAGCAGAAGAGGAUGAACCGAGCUGCCAAGACGUGUCUUCUCUCAUCACCAAUUUACAACAACACCUCUCUUCGGAAUCCGUUUCAGACGCUCCUUGCCAGCCGACAACAGAAGCCAACGUCCAAGAGAGCCCUACGGCGGUGAUGACUAACAGCGACUCCAUGGUCAGCAUAGAAGACUACACGACGGCAACUUCUUCCUACGAGGAUUACGAGGACGGUGAUAAAGAGCAUGUCAUUAGGCAUUUGCUUGAAGCUUCCGAUGACGAGCUGGGGAUUCCGAAUAGAGAUGAAGGUGUUGUCGGCGUUGAGUACGAUGAAGGAAUCAACAAUGGUGGAAAUGGCUUUGCAUGGUGUGACGAGUUAUGGGAGCUUGAAGAUGAGACUGCUAAUUACUACACUUUGUUGCAAUCUCAACUGUUCAUGUAG